AUGUCCAUCAAGCUGGACUACAGAAGCAAUUUACGAGGCAUAAGAAAAUGCCCACGAUGCGAAACGUUCAACGGGAAUCGGGCUACAAGGUGCAAAAAUCGAUCCUGCCAGCAAAAGUUGCGCGAUGAUACCAUUCGCGAUAGAAAGGUGCUCCCAACGCAACCGGCAAGUGCUGUGCAGCUGCUUCCAAAUUAUGCCCAUUUGUACAGCGUUCACCUUCGAACGGGUGUCCGAUAUUUUAUCAAAAAAGACACCCAACCGGAUGGAACGAUCACUGUGGCAUCGAUUACAUCGGGAUUGGCCAGUAUCAGCAUUCAAUCAGACGAGAAAGAAUUGAUCAAACAACAUGUAAGUGGUUGCAAAACUAUUGCCAGUACUUUACCUCUUAAACGGGCUACAGUGGAUAUGCUACUAAUCCCCGAGGAGGAAAAACGAAUCCUUUGGGAAAAGGAAACGCUAUGUAACGUGCCAUUGGUGCAACGCCUGGGGAAUGACCUUUUCGCUGUGGGUCGUUUGCAAUCUUCGUUCGGCUUGCGUCACGUAGCAGCACAGAAGAAGAAUCUAAAAUAUACCCAGUUCCACUGCGACUGUCGAUCGGAUGGGCACCAGCACAAGACGUCUCCUGAUGCCUGUUGGCAUAUACUGGCAGUUGUUGCUGGCCUGAUGAGCGCCGCAGAGAAUCCCGAUGAUCGAUGGCUACCAUUGCUUAGGCAGUUUGUAGGACAAGAGCCAGUACCCGUACCAUCGGAUCACGAUCUCCGUUGCACCUACGAAGCGGUUCCCCCAGUAGAAGCACACAUAUUGAACGAUCAGCUUCCAGUUGUGGGUCAAAGUGUUGAAAUGAUCGAUUGCAUUCUCAACCCAACGAUGAUGGAAUUGUUCAGCGAUGAUGUCGACGUACAACCCGGCUUGAUUUCACUCGACUCCCUGAUGGACAUGCCGACCGACGGACCGGUAUUCGAACUGGCGAUUGGGGAUACGAUGAUCGACCCACCGGCGACCGAGCGGUGCAGCCCGGACGUGAUAACGGCCAAUGCGGAAAGCCUGCAAUUAAUGGACUGCCAGAUCGAGCUGAUGGAUGAGUUUGAUCUCACCGACCGCAUCGAUUUCUGUCCGUCGGACAUUGAGUGCGACGAAAGUAUGCUGCUUCCUGCCGGUGUAUUCGAUAAUCUGUCCACGGAGGUCGAACCAAAGGAAGGGAAAAAAGAAAAGCUGAUCGAAGUUACGGCAAAAAAGGCGGCCCUUCGCCAAGGUGGCCGCGUGGAAAAGGAAAAACUAACGCGCGGUAGCUACAACGUCCGCAAGCUGAUGAAAGCACUGGAAUCGAACGGGAUUAUAUUCAAUCGUCUGCAACGCCACCGGAGUAGUGAACCAGACGAAACUUCCAGGAAAACUACAUCCGUUCCGGCGUACGAGGCAACGCUUUGCCAUCUAUCGUUCACCCACUGGCUGGAGUCUGUAAUCGAGCAACUGAAUGCAAUCAUCGAUUACAACACGAACGGCAAACCAGAGGCACAAACGUUUCGUAUUCACGAAGAUUUCUUCCGCUGCCUUCGGGCUCGUUUCUCCGUUGGACAUCGUUUGCGCCAACCAGAGAAAACGUCGUCCCCGGAGGAGGGUCCUGAAUUAACCGCUGGGGCAACCGAGCAACACACACAGCUGUUCCGAUUCACUCACCACAAAAGCCUGUUGCAUGUGUUUCGUACCGAUCGGAUAGCGCUUGCCUUCGAGAAAAAUUUCGCACGUUCCGCCGACGAACGUUUCGUCGAGAUGGAUCCACCGGAAGAUAUGCCGGAAACUAAAGGUCGACCGGUACGCGCACAGUGCUAUAGUACAUACAUCAAAAUAGGCCGGUACAAACACGAACCAGACCCGGAGCGGGUGUAUAAUUUUUCCCUCGAAUGGAUCGGAGGUGUUCUACCGCGCAGCGGUUUCGGUGAUCUGCGAAUAUCGUUCGAGUACGGCCACCGGAUGAACAAUCAGUACGUGCCGCCUCCGGGUGAAAAGUUAUGAAGCGCACCUAAAUUGUGAUAAAACACCAAUUAUCCUUCGGGAUUUUAAAAUAAAAUAAUCGACAACCACUCGUUUACAU